GGCAGCUCGGUGACCAGGCCAGCCACUCGGAGGUGGCCGCGCCGCCUGCAGCCUGCGAUGGGGGGACAGAUCACCCGGAGCAACCUCCAUGACUCCAUCGGGGGCUCCUUCCCUGUCACCUCUCACCGAUGCCACCACAAGCAGAAGCACUGCCCGCAGGUGCUGUCCGGUGGGGGGCUCCCUGCUACGCCGCUGCUCUUCCACCCCCACACCAAGGGCUCCCAGAUCCUCAUGGACCUCAGCCAUAAGGCCGUCAAGAGGCAGGCCAGCUUCUGCAACGCCAUCACCUUCAGUAACCGCCCAGUGCUCAUCUACGAGCAAGUCAGGCUGAAGAUCACCAAGAAGCAGUGCUGCUGGAGUGGAGCCCUGCGGCUGGGCUUCACAAGCAAGGACCCGUCUCGUAUCCACCCCGACUCGCUGCCCAAGUAUGCCUGCCCAGACCUGGUGUCCCAGAGUGGCUUCUGGGCCAAGGCGCUGCCUGAGGAGUUUGCCAACGAGGGCAACAUCAUAGCCUUCUGGGUGGACAAGAAGGGCCGCGUCUUCUACCGCAUCAAUGACUCUGCUGCCAUGCUCUUCUUCAACGGGGUCCGCACAGCUGACCCGCUCUGGGCGCUGGUGGAUGUCUAUGGCCUCACGCGGGGUGUUCAGCUGCUAGACAGCGAGCUGGUGCCCCCCGACUGCCUGCGGCCGCGCUCCUUCACAGCGCUGCGGCGGCCCUCGCUGCGCCGCGAGGCGGACGACGCGCGCCUCUCCGUGAGCCUGUGCGACCUCAACGUGCCCGUCGGCGAGGGCGACGGCGACGGGAGCGCGCCGGCCUCGGCCUGCCCGAUCCCGCAGAACUCGCUCAACUCUCAGCACAGCCGCGCGCUGCCCGCGCAGCUCGACGGCGACCUGCGUUUCCACGCGCUGCGCGCGGGCGCGCACGUCCGCAUCCUGGACGAGCAGACGGUAGCGCGCCUGGAGCACGGGCGCGACGAGCGCGCGCUCGUCUUCACCAGCCGGCCCGUGCGCGCGGCCGAGACCAUCUUCAUUAAGGUCACGCGCGCGAGCGGCGGGGGCGGCGCGCGGCCCGGCGCGCUCUCCUUCGGCGUCACCACGUGCGACCCCGGCACGCUGCGGCCCGCCGACCUGCCCUUCAGCCCCGAAGCCCUGGUGGACCGCAAGGAGUUCUGGGCCGUGUGCCGCGUGCCCGGGCCCUUGCACAGCGGCGACAUCCUGGGCCUGGUGGUCAAUGCCGACGGCGAGCUGCACCUGAGUCACAACGGCGCAGCCGCGGGCAUGCAGCUGUGCGUGGAUGUCUCGCAGCCACUCUGGAUGUUCUUCGGCCUGCAUGGCUCCAUCACGCAGGUCCGCAUCCUCGGCUCCACCAUCCUGGCUGAGCGGGGUGUCCCAUCGCUCCCCUGCUCCCCUGCCUCCACACCAACCUCACCCAGUGCCCUGGGCAGCCGCCUCUCAGACCCGCUGCUCAGCACAUGCAGCUCUGGACCUCUGAGUAGCUCUACUGGUGGGACAGUCCCCAAUUCCCCAGUGAGCCUGCCUGAUUCUCCACUGAGUUCCAGCCAGUGGAGCUCUGAGUGCACCAUUUGCUACGAACACACGGUGGACACAGUCAUCUACACAUGUGGUCACAUGUGCCUCUGCUACGCCUGCGGCCUGCGUCUCAAGAAGGCUCUGCACGCCUGCUGUCCCAUCUGCCGCCGCCCCAUCAAAGACAUCAUCAAGACCUACCGAAGCUCCUAGCCCCAUGGUGGAGCCCCACCCUCUGCAUCCAUCUCUGCAGACUUCAGGCCCAUGCCAGCUGAGGGCUAGGCUCUUAGGCCUCUUUUCUUCUGUUGGGAACUGCUGCUCCUUUUCUAUUCAUCAUGGGAAACGAAGGCCCUGAAGGUUUGGGCUGAGAAAGGGGCCUGGAAGGAGGGAGGGCGGAAGCACAUCACCGGGAGAGGCCACGCCCCAUCUUCUCUUUUCUGCAGCCAGCUCUUCCCUGCAUGCUGAGGGGCUAAACUGGGGUCUCAGCCUGUUGCAGCCCCUCCCCUCUCAGGAGGUUCUUGUGGCCCAUAUGGGCACUUUGGCAAGAAUUAGAAAAUGCCUGUCUUCUUCUGGGCAUUCCCAAAUGAGGGUCCGCAGCUUGGCUGGGGGAGUAGGGACUGGAUAUUGCAUCUGUUUGCUCCUUCAGCCUGCUGCCACUGAGCAGCACACAACCUGUUCAACAGGCCCUGGGCGAGCAGCUCCUGAGGGGCAUCUCACUCCACACCUGUGCUCGCCUCUGUCUUUGCUUUUCUGUGUAUUGGGCCUGGCAGUGGACUCCUCUCCCCCAGGUAUCCGCAGCCUCUGUGCCAUGUAUCUUUCCUCCCACCCAGGUUGCAGAGGGCUU